AUGGUUCUACACCGCCAACAAGCUCAGUUCGACCGGUCAAGAUGGCGCAUGGCGCUGCUUGUGCCUCUUUGGAUCCUUCAGUUGCUAGUCUUCCUCGUCGUCAUCGCUCUCUUCUCUUGGCGCCUAUCGGAUACUCUUAGGAACUGGGAAACCGAGGAGGAAACAAAAGGGAUGUUUCCCAUGGUAGAGGUCGUUUGGGAAUCUGUCAACAUCGCCUUCUCCCUCGUCUGCCUAUUUUCCACGUGUUACGAAAUCUCAAAGCUCGCCGCCGAGACCCUGACGCCAUGGACCAUGCUUUUUACCCACAUUUUGAAGAUCGUCUGCUCCCUGGCCGUUCUGGCUCUCGAUGUUGUGGUAUUCGUGCAGAGAAAGGACAGCCACUACUCAGUUGUUGGUCUCGGCUUGGAUUGUUUUCUUCUAAUUCUCGUCGCCAUACCAGGCGUUUACUCGAUCCAGACGUACCGCCGACUCGUCAAGUACGACGAUUAUCACUACCCCGUAAACCACAAGCCCUACGGCUUCAACGACCUCGAAGGCGAGACCUCCUACAAUGGUCGCCUUUCCAUCGGCGGCCUUAGCCUUGCAGACCGUUCCCUCCGCCGGAUAUCCACAUCCUCAACAAAGUCAUCGAUUCAGAAGCAUGAAACACAACAGACGGCACAGCAACAGCAGCAGCAGGAAUCCGAAGCGACAUCCCUACAGCGCAGACCCUCACAGUAUAACAACGAAAGAGACACGCAGUUCGAUAGGUACAUGGUCGAACGCGCCAUGAACAACGAGUUUGGGUGGGCGAACAACAGCAGCAGCCCCGGCGCGGAUCCCCUUGGCCGCAGUGACAGCUACGUCGCCAGCGGAUCCAUGUCGAACGGAAAGGUCGUUACGCGGGAGAGCAUGGGACGCGCGCCGAGCUGGGGCAGCUCGCAUGUUCUCGUCGCCGUGCCGGAGAUGGACGAGGAGGAGGCGGUGCAUGGUCGUGGGGGGGAUAGGCAGGCGCUUCUUGGACACCGGAGGCAGGACAGCGACGAUAGUGUUGUCGGACCGAGCAGCCCACCGAUUUUGUCGGCUAUGCCGCCGCCACCGAGGAUCGAGAUCGAGGAGUCGGAUAUUGUUGGCGGCGGUGCUGGGGAGAACACUUGGGAGCGGAAGCGCAAGAGGAGCCAGUGA